AUGAGCGCACCCGGUCCUGGCGAUGGUCCUCCUGCUGGUGCUGCCAAUGCAGAGCCCGUACCUUUUGAGGUUCCCCGUGGUGAUCUUCCGCUAGGUUCUUCCCAUUCGAACAGCAUAGGCAUCGCGAAUCCCCUAGGUGACAAUGUCUGCUACCGGAACGUCGUCCUCCUCGCCCUCCUCCAUCUCCCUGCUUUCGAUGAAUGGCUCAACUCACCAUUCAAUGACAUAGAAGCACAUUUUGACUGUAAGGGCCCGAUGAUCCACCCUUCUAAUGCGGGUGAUGUCAUCUGCAAUUUGCGUUGUAUCUUCGACUGUUACUGGAAAGGGGAUCGUAAGGUGCUACUAAGCAUAGGUGGGCAGAAAGCCGUGAAAGGGGUCUAUCACGCGGCAGUGUCGUUUUUCUGGAAGCAUAUAACAAAGCUAGAGCAUUGGAAGGAAGAAGUUGGAACACAGCAAGAUGCUCUUGAUUUUCUGGAUGCUCUCCUCGAGGCUCUGGCUAAAGAGACUCUAGACGAAGACCCCAAGAGUCUAUUCCAAAGCCUUGUGCAGCAUUAUAAUAGAUGCGAGAAGUGCGGGAAAGUUACGCCUUCUCCUGGCGCUGUUUCGCAUUAUUCGAAUAUACUUUUCAAUCUACCACCGCGUGAGGACGGAGUGAACGCAUUGGUGCCCAAGUUUCAGGAUAUCAUCGAGCACAACUGGUGCACCGGCUAUGAUCAAGGUCCUGAUGCCACCUGUGGAGAAUGCGGCGAAUCUGCAAAGCUCCUCUGCACAGGACGCUUAGAACUUGCCCCAAAGGUGCUCACAUGCCAGAUUAAUUUGUUUGGCGAGGUCGGCAAGAAGAACAUCCGCAUGUUCAAGCUCGAAGAACAGUUCGAGAUUCCCGCAUGCGCGCAGCCCACGCCACCCCCCAGCGGCGAGACAGACUCCCAGCCGGAGAGCAUCAAGUACAACGUCAAGGCAGUCAUCUUCCACCGCGGCACCGCCACAAACAACGGACAUUACACCGUCGCCGUCAAGCAAAAGGAGGGCGGGCUAUGGACGCUCCUAGACGAUCUCAGAAGGCCAAAGACAUACAACAGUCUCUGGAAGCUUGUGAGCAUGCACCAGGGAUAUGGCGACGACUCGUUCCAAAUCUACACGGUCAUCGCCGAGAAAGACGAGGGAAAGGAUCCAAAGCACACCCCGCAAGGCGCUUCGGAGAGGAAUAUCGCCCGCUCCCAGCCUCUGCUGUCGAGCUUCGAACUCGACGUGCAGUUCACGGCGAAGCACAAGGACCUUGGCUACCUCACCGGGUCAUCGAGGAUCCAGCUGACGCAGAGCGACGAACCGCCCGAGAACCCCGCGAAGCGGAAGAACGAGGAGCUCCAGGGAAGAAUCAAAGUGCUCGAAAGGGAGCUGAAGAGGAGGAAGACCGAGGACGCAGGCAAGACUGACCCUAAGACUGACCCUAAGACUGACCCUAAGACUACUACUGACACUGGGGCCAAGAUAGGGAAUGAAAAUAGGCCUGCUGCUAAGCCUACGGGGGCGUCCGCCCCGAAGUCUGCAGUGCAGACUCCUCAAGUGCCUAGUCAAACUUCCCAAGUGACUGGUCAGACUUCCCAAGCGCCCGGUCAGACUCCUCAAGCGCCUGGUCAGACCGCUCAGACUGCUCAGCCGACAGUAGAGCAAUACCUGUGUUUUCUAAGUGGCCGUAUGGCUCGUGAGGAACUCACCGAAAAACAACUCAAUGAUGUAGAGAAAUGCGGGCUGAUUAUAUAUGGCGAGAUGGCUCGUGAAACGGAACUUACACCCGACCAACUUGAGUUUGCAAAGCAAUACUGGGAUUUUGUACUUCGGAAGAUUGUUCGUGGAGAGAAACCCACCAACAACCAAGUCAAGUUUGUACAGCAGCAAAACAUGCGUUCUCUACGUGACCAGAUGGCUCGUGGCGAACUCGACGAAGAAGAAGUCAAGUCUGCAGAGCAAUGCCUGUGUCUUCUAGAUGAAAAGGUCGCUCGUGCAGAGGGACUCACCACAGCAGACCUCAUGUUUAUAGCACAAUGCCAGCGUUUCCUACUUGACAAGAUGGCUCGUGGACCACUCAGCAAAGCAGAAUCCGGGUUUGCACUGCGAUGCCAGGGUAAUAUAGACAUCAGGCUGCGUCAUGGAUGGAUAUUCGGCCAAGAAGAAACGGAAUUUUUCGGGAAAUACAUGGAUUUCCUAAAAGACAAGGUAAAUCGUGGAGAAGCCAGCCAAGAAGAAUACAACUAUUAUCAGGAUAACAGGAAGUUUGCAGAGACAGCUCCACCAGAAACUACGCAGGACGAUACAAUACCUACGGCAACCACUGAUCAGGACACUGCACAAGGAGCUGCACAAGGAACUGGAGGGACUGCAAAUUCUGAAGAUGCUGACGCCCUGUUCACAAAUAUUGGUGAUAUUGAUGACAUCACGUGGCCACUUGCUGCACAAGCCACUGCACAGGGCACUGGAGGAAUCCCAGAUGAUUUUGGUUUUCUGACAGGCUUCCCGGAUAUGGACUUUAACGAUGUAGGGGACUUGUUUGUCAGCGCAAAUUGGUCAGCUGCACAGGACACUGCACAGGACACUGCACAGGACACUGCACAGGACACUGCACAGGACACUGCACAGGACACUGCACAGGACACUGCACAGGACACUGCACAAGCCGCUGGUGGGAACCACAAUGGUCCCGAGCUUUACCGCAGGAAAAAGAAUGGCGAGACUCUCACCCCUGAGCAAGAAGAGUUUUUGGAGCGGUGGCUUGCACACUACGAUGGUAAUGAGCUUUCCCGCAAAAAGAUGGCUGGCGAGAUUCUUAGCCCAGGGGCAGAAGAGUUCCUCAAUUGGUACAAUGGCGCUUGA